AGAUGGCGACGGCGGGAAUAUCGGAGAUUUACCGCAAUGUUUUAGGAAGCGAUUUGUCCCAGUGCGUGAGAAAUUCGAAAGUUUUGAUGGUUGGAGCAGGUGGUAUCGGCUGUGAACUUCUAAAAAAUUUGGUUUUAACUGGUUUUAAGGAUAUCGAAGUGAUUGAUCUGGAUACCAUUGAUGUUAGUAACUUGAAUCGCCAGUUCUUGUUUCAAAAGAGACAUGUUGGAAAAUCCAAGGCACAGGUAUCCCGUGAGAGUGCUCUUCAAUUCAAUCCUGAUGCAAAUAUCAAAGCUCAUCAUGAUAACAUUAUGAGCCCUGACUAUGGUGUAGACUACUUCAAACAAUUUGAUGUGGUGAUGAAUGCUUUAGACAACAGAGCGGCCAGGAACCAUGUGAACAGAAUGUGUCUGGCAGCGGAUGUUCCUUUAGUGGAAAGUGGCACGGCAGGUUAUCUAGGACAGGCUACUGUUAUUAAAAAGGGGGUUACUGAAUGUUAUGAAUGCCAACCAAAACCUACACAGAAGACAUUUCCAGGUUGUACAAUCAGAAAUACUCCUUCAGAACCAAUCCACUGUAUUGUCUGGGCAAAACAUCUUUUUAACCAGCUGUUUGGUGAGGCUGAUGCAGAUGAAGAGGUAUCUCCUGACACUGAGGAUCCAGAGGCUGUGGGUACGGCAGGAGAAAGGGCAGUCCAAAAUCAGGAGAAGGAGGGUGGGACUGGAGGCAUUGAGAGAGCAUCAACAAGAACAUGGGCUGAAGACAUUGGAUAUGAUCCUGUUAAGUUGUUUAACAAACUGUUUAAUGAGGAUAUCAAGUACCUUUUAUCAAUGGAUAAGUUGUGGAAAAAGAGAAAACCUCCUGUGCCUGUUGACUUUGAAAGUAUCCAAAAAGGAUGCGAAAAUGAUGAAAAGGACGCGGAUAAUGGUUUACAAGAUCAAAGAGUAUGGAGUCCUGAUGAGUGUGCAGACAUCUUCAGUCAAAGUGUUGAUACAUUAAAGCAGCAGUUACUGACCAGAGGAGAAGAUCUUGUGUGGGAUAAGGAUGAUCCGGCCUCCAUGGACUUUGUCACAAGUGCAGCAAAUAUCAGAGCUCACAUCUUUAGUAUUCCCAUUAAAAGCCGCUUUGACGUGAAAGCUAUGGCGGGCAACAUUAUACCAGCCAUUGCCACAACAAAUGCCAUAGUAUCUGGUCUCAUUGUUAUGCAAGCUCUUAACAUCCUCAAUGGAAAGCUGGACAAAUGCAAAACGAUUUAUCUUAACCGUCAGCCGAAUCCAAGAAAAAAGUUAUUAGUUCCUUGCAAUCUCGUUCCACCGAAUCCCAAGUGCUACGUUUGUGCCGCUAAACCAGAGGUUACUGUCUUCUUAAACACAGAAACUCUUACAAUCAAGACGUUAGAGGAAAAAAUACUAAAGGAGAGGUUUGGUAUGGUGGCACCUGAUGUCGAGAUCGACGAUGGAAAAGGCAGCAUAUUAAUAUCCAGUGAGGAGGGUGAAACUGUUGAAAAUUUACCGAAGACGUUAAGGGAAUUUCAUGUGGGCAACAUUGCGAGGUUGAAGGCGGAUGAUUUCCUUCAAAGUUACCAGCUUAUUCUUAACGUUGUACAUAGAGAUAACUUAGAAGACGAUGUAGAAUUUGAAGUAGAAGGUGAUUUACCAGCACCCAAACCAGACAGUCCUGAACCGGGUCCUUCGACAGCAUCAGAAGACAGACAGAAUCAACCAGCAGAUGGUGACAAAGAGGAAGUGAUGGUUGUAGAUGAACCAGCUCCCUCGCGGAAGAGGAAAGCCGAUGAGUCAGAAUUGGAGACUAGAGAGCAGCAAGACUCAAAGAGUUCAAAGCGAGCAAGACUUUCUCACGCACCGGCGGAUGAAAAUGACGACGACAUCAUUGUUCUUUGAGCCGUAAGGACAACUUCUUCUGAUAUCUUCCGAUAUUUUCCUUCUUCCGAAAAAGUUGUCCUUACGGAAUCAACGGAGUUUACCUCAAGAUAUUUUUAAUCGUCUGUUGCGCCGCGCAUGACCAUCUUCAACUUGAAAGUUGAAGUAUAAAAGUAUAGGAGAAGUUUAAAGUUUGUCGUUUAAGGCAAACGGCAAAGGUUAAACGUAAGAUUUUCAUUUCUGUUACUUUGUACAAUGCAUAUUCAAAAAAGUUAAACAAUAUCUCUCAGCUAGGAACAAAAGUUUUGUUCC